AUUACCUUCAACCCCGCUCUUUGUAAAGUUUCUCCGGUUCCGUCCUCCCCUAACUGCAAAGACACCUUCCCUGUGCCGCCCGUUAUCGCUCACAGACGUCACGCAAGCGUUCGGGACCUUUUGGUACACUCCACGCUACAAAACAACACACCUCACACGCAACAACCCGCCGGAGUUUAUAAAUGCAACCAUCCGCGCUGUCUCACCUGUCCUGUUCUCCAGCAAGGACAAACAAAUUACAUUUUCACCGCAACUAGUGAACAAAGAAAAAUCAUUGACCACUUAUCCUGCAAAUCCAAAAAUCUUAUCUACUUAAUUCAAUGCAACAAAUGUAAAUGCCAGUACAUCGGAGAGACUAAACGCCAACUAAAUGAACGAUUUGGAGAACACCACCGAUCCAUGUUGAACCUCCAACAACUCAGUGAUCCCACUCCUGUCUCCUUACGUUUUAAUCAAGCUGGACAUUCAAUC